AAUUGAUGACCCGCAUCGAUCGGCAAUUGGAACUUGUGACUGACCGAAAGUUAACUGUCAUUGCAACACCAGCAUCUUCAUGAUGUCAACAGAGUAGAUCAAGAGUAAAGUACGGAGACAUGGUAAGGGAGAGCGACCGAGCAGCGAAAGACAGAGAAGAUAGCGAUGAUCAACAGCGAUAAGAGAAAGCCGUCCCCCGCGCUGAGUAAUCAAUCCCCUCUUCGGCCUGCUACGCCUCCCGAAAAGGAAAGCGUCGCAAUUGCCGACGAUAAGGGAAAAAGCGCCAGAAAGCGAGUCAAUGGCGCAAUCUAAACCCCUCCCUCACAUCGACUCGGCAUUGACGCUCGACACUCUCAAUAUUGCUUCAUGUCUGCAACCUCACACUCACAGCUCACCAUGGGAGACGCACCGCUCACCCAGGACCGGAUCCUGAUCACCAACGCCAGCGACUUCGCGCCCGCUCUCCUCGAAGAGAUCCAGGCCAAGUUCGCCCACGCGGAUAUCACGUAUGUGAAGCUGGAGAACUUCACCCCGAUUCCCAGCGAAUACGCCCGAAGAGCCACCCACAUCGUGACGUUCAGCAACCUCCCCCACGUCGAGGAUGUGCCCAACGUCAAGCUCAUCCACUUCUUCUCCGCCGGCCUCGACCACAUCAUGACGCACCCGAUCGUGCAGACCACCAAAAUCCCGCUGACCUCCAGCUCGGGGAUCCACGGGCCCCCGAUCGCCGAGUGGGUGAUCAUGAACUGGCUCGUGGCGUCGCGGCGGUUCGUGAACAUCCACAAGAGCCAGGAACGCCACCACUGGGGCAAGUACGGCGAGUGGAUGAGCGGGGUCCACGACCAGGUGGGCCGGAAGGUCGGAAUUCUAGGGUAUGGGAGUAUCGGGCGGCAGAUCGGCCGCGUCGCCGCCGCCCUGGGCAUGCAGGUCCACGCCUACACGGCCUCGCCGCGGCCGUCGCCCGCCUCCCGCGUCGAUAGGGGCUACAUCGUGCCCGGCACGGGCGACCGCGACGGCACGAUCCCCGUCUCCUGGCACCACGGCACGGAUCGCGCCUCGAUCCACGCCUUCCUCGCCCUGGGGCUGGACCACCUCGUCGUCGCGCUGCCGCUGACCCCGCAGACCACGCAUCUGCUGGGCGCGGAGGAGUUCCGGCUGCUGGCGGCGCAUGCGGGUAGCAAACCCUUCGUGACGAACAUCGCCCGCGGCAAGAUCGUCGACCAGACGGCGCUGGUGGCCGCGCUGCACGAGGGCGUCCUCGGCGGCGCCGCGCUCGACGUCACCGAUCCCGAACCCCUGCCCGCUGACGAUCCGCUGUGGGAUGCGCCCAACGUGCUGAUCAGCCCGCAUAUCAGCGGGGCCGGGCUGGAGUAUAUCCCGCGGUCGUUGGAUAUCCUGAAGGAGAACCUGGGGCGGUUGGCGCGCGGGGAGGAGAUUUUGAAUGAGUAUAAACGCGGGAAGGGGUAUUAAACAUGCGGGACGGGGUAUCAAACCUUGCAUUCCCCCCAGAACUCAAUCUGCAGACAGAGAAGAUUAUAUGAUAGAUUCUUCCGUGUAAGUGUUGGAUUCAAUUAAGAUAUAUAAAAAUAGAUUACAUGAUCG